CAAGAAUAUAUAGAUUUGGGUUAUACAAAAUAUUCGAGGAGACUUUUAAAGGCUUUAUAUAAAGUGACUUGUCCUUCCUCCAGAAGAAAAUUUGCGCACCUAGGGGAAAACCAUUUUUUCUUUUUUUCUGUUCUUCGAAGUCUCAAUCCAUGUGAGUAUUUUCAGCUAUUGGCCACAGUCGUCGUGCAUGUGUGGUGUCAUUUUCUUGGCCUCUACCUGCAUUUGUCGGUGGAUCGACUCACUCGUUCCGCAUUUCUCAGUGGACGAAAUGCCGUUGAAGCCGAACAUGCCGCUGAACAUCAGAGUAACCGAUUGAAUCGCCUUCUUGCCGCUUUUUUGCCCCAGCAUCUCAUCACUGCAGCACGACUUCAAAUCGCCACCAACAAUCCUCACAUCUUUGCUGAACACUAUCCACAAGUUACGGUAGCAUAUGGUCGUUUGAUCGGUUUGGAAGCUGUUCUAUCGCAAUGUUCCUCAUUAGAUGCAGCACGAGUCCUGAAGGUUUCCUUUCCUACAAGAUUUGUAUCGAAUUUCCUCUUUUGCUGUAUCACAAAAUGUAUACAGGUGGUGUCAUCUAUACCCACGAUUGAUCCUUGCCAUGCCUUGAAUGUGGUUCGAUUUGCUACACAACUCGAGGCGCUUGUUAGCUCAUUUCGCGAUGCCACCACGGCCGAUGUAGCAGUUUGCAUAGGAAUCGAUAGCGGAUCGAUAUCAGCUGGUAUUGUUGGAUCGACAAAAUGGCAUUAUGAUGUCAUUGGAUAUACUGUAGACAACGCUAUUCUACUACAAAGCAGUGCUCCAAAUGGAGUGUUCAUCACAGAAGAAACUCGUCGUCAUGUCGAAAACCAUUUCAACCUCGAAAGUAUUGGUGAUAUAUGGCGAGUUCGUGGAGAUACAACUGGUCCUGAAUUGUUCCCUGUUAAUAAAAGAUUUUCAAUGGUGACUGUUCCUCAAGGAAUCAACCGCCUCCUGCAAACACUCUCCACGAUCGAUCCUCAUUUCCACAAAGAAAUGGACCACUGGUUCAUUCCAGCACUGGCGAUCAGCAUUUUUUUCUUAGUCGUCUACGGCAUCUACCACAUGUUGGUGAUGCCAAGGCUGAUCACCAGUCUAGCGUUAAUUGUUGUUGCGUUGACACUGAUGUUCUUCAUUUUGUUGAUGCUCUAUAUCAAUUACUUCCAUAGUUUUUCACAAUUCAUUACACGCACCGCUCACGGACACUCCUUAACUAUUCUUCUCAUAAUGACAAUGCUGUUCCUUUGCGGAAUCGUCAACACGUUCUCAUGUCCACAACCGGAGCAAGCCGACGUAUGUCAGUCGAUUCACUUCUCAGCGUUCUCGUUUGCAAUGUGGAUUCUGACAACGGCGGUCUUCAUAAGAUUCUCGUCCGUCUACCUCCUCGGAGUGCUCACGUUUGCUGUUUUCAUCUACACCAUUCAGAUCUUUCUCACACAUCCACCUAUUGGGCCAAAAGAGUUUACCAUUGAAUUUGAUCUCUGGGUCGGUUUAUCUUCGUUAGCCGCUCUUGUCUUUCUACAUGCAAGAAGAUGCGAAAAACUUAUGAGGCUCGACUUUCUGUCCGUUGUUAAGGGCGUCGAAGAGUCCUCUUCCAAGGAUCGCUUUCUGUUGCUGAACAGCCAGGUUCUUCUUAAUCUGGUACCACCCCACGUUGCUCCAUGGGUGGUAGCAAAAACCGGCGAGCAGUGGCAUCACGCGCAUCACUCCGUGGGCGUGGCGUACAUGACGAUUUCUGGGUUCAAUUUAGCAGAUGAACAAGGUCUCAAUGGAUUGAAUUAUGUGUUCACGUCUUUUGAUCAGCAACUCAGCAAUUACCGAGGGAUUGAGAAAAUCAAAAGUGCGAAUCGAUUCUACAUUGUAGCUGUUGGAUUACUUCCAGAUGCAGCUCAAAAUGUAGGUCUUUUCAGUUCAAAAGUGGUACUUGUUGGGAUGGACUGCGGCAGCGCGUUGUCUUUGGUUGCUGACACUGAUCAACCUCGCUACGAACUUUGGGGGGAAACUGUCGAACGGGCUCGAAUCCUCAUGCAAAGUGCCAGCCACGGUCGCACUCUCGUCUCCGAAGAGAUCUUCCUCGCACUCCGGCCGCGGAAUCUUCACUUCAUUCCUGUUCAGGUGAUUCAAAAUUUGAACGCAUAUAUCCUCUACAGUAGGGAGGACCAUUCUCCGGUCGAAACUAUGCCACGUGAGGAGCAGGAACGCCAUACUAAAAACAUGUUCGAGGCAGCACAAAACAUCGAGAUGUCGUCCUCGAUGGCGUCCUCGUUCUCGUCUGAGUUACAAUCUAUUGAUGGAGGCGGUGAGACAGACAGUGAUAUCGGUGAGUAUCUUGAUCCAGCUGAGAGGCUCGAAGCGGCUGCAAACCGAGUUGAUCGAAUGCUACAAGAACUGAACGCUUAUGGCGAAUUCGCCGAUAUCAAACCAUUGGAGUACCGACCAUUCCCUACGGCUUUUGGCUCAAUGAAAUCCGUUCAUCGUGCAAUGUCUUCUGCAUGCCAUACGGAAUACGACAAUGCAGAAUCUGAAGCAGCAUUGUCCGACGUCGAGACGAAUGCGAACGGGCGGACGUCCAGAUCCCGAGACAAGAAGCGAAGGCGGCGUUGGCGAACCCGUGUCAAGGGUGACGACGGCGACUCGGAAUCGAAUUGCAGCAGUCUUGCUAGCAGUGUAGAACUCGAUCCCCUGAGGUGGAAAUCAGUGCACUCGAUCGGCUACGAAAACGAGUACGAGAUGGAGUCAGACAACGAAGGGUUGGCUAUUGAAGAGAUGAAAGCGUUGUCACGAGAUAUUAGAAGGAAUUUCGGCGAUUUCAAACUAGCCACCUUUGACGACAUCGAUCAAGAUUGA